UAAGGAAAGACAAAAUCCACCGUGUAAAUCAGAGAACUCCAUAUACCGAAACUUCAGCUACCCUCUGUUCAUUCUAUUUACAAUUAUAUUCAAUUUUACGGAUGAUUGCUGCCUUCUGUUCAAGCAUUUAACUUGUUGCUUCCAGAUUUCAAACCCCUCAUCAGAGAAAACGAUUCCAAGAAUAUACCACUGUACGCUUCCAAUCCACUCAAAGCCUUCAAUGAUUGGAAAUAUGCCUCCAGUUUGAUUCAGAAACUUCAAUUCUUACCUGGGUUUAUCUUCAAUCAUUCCAUGGCGAGCUCAAUUUUCCAUUUCUUGAUUCUCCUUUUGUUUGCCUUUUCGUGUGAUCGUGUUCAAUCCCGUGAAGAAGGGCACAUAACGGCGGAAAUAUCAAACGAGGGUCUUGAUUUUCUCAAGGACUUGCUGAUAGAAAAGGCGGAGUCUUCGUUAGUCCCACUUGAGCUGCCCAAGAUUGAGAAGUCUGUGAAAAUCCCAGUUGUGGGCAGCGUUCAGAUGGUGCUUUCCAAUAUUGUUAUUGAAAGAAUUCAUGUGACUUCAUCUACUGUGAAGACUGGAGAUAGCGGGAUAGUUAUUGAUGUUUCUGGAGCCACCGCGAAUUUGACUAUGAAAUGGAAGUAUUCGUACAGUACUUGGUUAGUUCCCAUUGCAGUCUCUGAUAAGGGGAAUGCUACUGUUCAGGUUGAAGGACUUGAAGUUGGCCUUUCACUCAGUUUAAAGAUGCUAAAUGGCUCUCUAAAGUUGUCUCUCUUGGAAUGUGAGUGCAACGUGAACGAUAUCUCUAUAAAGUUGGAUGGAGGAGCAUCGUGGCUUUAUCAAGGGUUAAUUGAUGCUUUUGAGGGCAAAAUUGGUUCUGCUGUUGAAAAUGCUGUUUCUAAGAAAAUAAAAGAAGCCAUUAUAAAGCUUGACUCAGUAUUGCAAUCGCUUCCAAAAGAAGUACCGGUAACUAAUAUCGCUGAACUGAAUGUUACAUUUGUGGAUGACCCAGAGUUCAGUGAGUCAUCACUUGACCUUGAAGUCAAUGGGUUAUUCACUGCCAAGCAUGAAGCUGCACUUUCCCGCCACUACCAUAGGUUACUACAAGCUUCAUUUUCCUGCAAGGAAGCAGAUAAGAUGGUAAAAUUCUCAUUACAAGAAAAUGUGAUAAAGUCAGCAUCAUCAGUUUACUUUGAGGCAAACAAGAUGCACUGGAUUGUUGAUAAAGUACCAGAUCAAUCUCUCUUGAACACAGCUGGUUGGAGGUUUAUUAUUCCACAGUUGUACAAGAUGUACCCCAAUCACGACAUGAAUCUGAAUCUUUCUGUAUCUUCACCACCAAUCUUAAAUGUUGAGAAACAGCAGAUUAAGGCAAAAAUUCCCUUAGAUGUGGUGAUUGAUGUUUUGGAUGUGGAGGAAGUAAUACCAGUUGCUUGCAUUUCCACGGUGAUUAGUGCUUCUGUGUCCCCGGGAAUUAAAGGGAACGCUCUUACUGGUUAUGUGAAAUUAAACGACAUCAGUAUGUCGCUUAAGUGGAGCAAAAUUGGUGACUUGCACAUGAAUCUAGUCCAGAUGUUAAUGUCCACCACAUUGAGGACUGUGGUCUUGCCAUACGUAAACUUGAAACUCAGUGAAGGAUUUCAGAUUCCAGUUUUCCAUGGUUAUGGGCUUCAAGAUGCUCACAUCCUCUGCACAGAAUCUUGGAUUGUGAUAUGCAGUGAUGUGGCCCCUGUCAAACAGUUUAAUCUCGUCUAGUUGCUGUCGACUGAAUCCCCGUCUUUCCAUAUGUAAGCUCCUAGAUUUCAGUGGUUGUGAGCUCCAUAUUGCCCGAAUCCUCUGCAGAGACUCGUCUGGUCGCUGCCUAGUCGUGAGUCGAAUUCUGGAUGUAUUGGCAACAUAAGAGUAGCUCAAUUCAUGAGACUACUGCCGCCGCGGCCGCCGGCCCCGCCACCACUGAGGAUGUAGCAUGUUUAAGAUGUUUAUAGAAUCACUCUCCCACAUCAGGGGGAUUACUUGUGACCUCUUUUCCUAUACUAUUUGUAUCCGUAUGCACCACUGUAUAAUUCAUGUAUUUGUGUAUCCAAAAAAAGAAAAAAGUAUUCAUGUAUUCGUAUUAUUCUUGUAGUUAGACCAGUAUUCAUGUAUUCGUAUUAUUCUUGUAGUUAGACGUAUGUUUUUCUUU